AUGCCCUCCCAGUCCCUCUUUAACAAGUCCAUCGCGCUCCUCUUCGCAAAACGCAGCACCAGAACACGCGUGUCCGCCGAGACUGCCGCAGUCCUCCUGGGCGGUCGCGCACUCUUUCUGGGCCGCGAAGACAUCCAGCUCGGUGUCAACGAGACACCCCGCGACACUGCACGCGUCAUUGGCGGUAUGUGCCAGGGCAUAUUUGCCCGCGUAGGCGCACACGAGGAAAUCGAAGAACUGGCGCGCUACUCCCCGGUCCCCGUCCUCAACGCCCUCUCUUCUCUCUGGCAUCCCACGCAGACCCUUGCCGAUGUCCUCACCCUCCACGAACACGCACACCUGUUCGACACUGCCCUCAAAAUACCACCCCCCGCCAACAAGCCUCUCCCACAACUGCGCCCUCUCACCAUUGCUUACGUAGGCGACUCGACCAACGUACUCCACGACAUGCUCGUCACCUACCCGCGCCUCGGUCACAAAAUGCGCGUCGCAUCACCCGAAAAACCAGCCUACCAGUGUCCCCAGCCCGUAUGGGACCGCGUCACCCAACUUGGCUGCGACAAGGACAUUUGGUGGGGCUCCGAUCCCAAAGAGGCAGUCAAAGGCGCUGACGUCGUCGUGACCGACACCUGGCCGAGAAGGCCCAGCGUUUACAAGACUUUGCGGGAAUACCAAGUCACAGAGGCACUCUGCCGCGAUGCAAACCCAGACUGGAAAUUCUUGCACUGUCUCCCAAGGAAACAAGAAGAGGUCGACGACCAGGUAUUCUAUGGUCCCCGGUCACUCGUAUUCCCCGAGUCCGACAACCGCAAGUGGACCAUCAUGGCUGCUUUCGAUUUGCUGUUUGGAAAAUGGGAUCUGGCGGGUGAGAAAACGCUAAAGAUCCUCAAGGAGUGA